UUGACGCGAUGUAGAGGCUUAAGUGCGAUGAUUCGCGUUGGCCAUGCUGGAGGGGACAGUUUAACUUGAGUUGGCUGUCUCUGGCAGGGUCUCCCAUUCCAGAAGGGCACGCGUUGAGCAUGAUACUAAGAACUACCCUCCCUUUGUCUGAUAGCGUCUGUUCUCCUCUGGGGCGGCUAUCAGAUGUUAUUUCCAUCGAACCAUUUUCCCCUCAUUGAGAGGGGUGGUUAAGGUGGAUAGUCCGGCUGGUCCGUAAGGACUCUUUAAUGUCCGUCCGAAAUCCACCAGCGUCUGUUUCCCAUAUUGGGCGGCUGGUGGUCUGCGUCUGUUUCUCCAAUGGGGCGGCAGUUAUCUCAACACCUGGCAGCAGGUAUAAAAUGCAAGUAAUUGUCCAUCAGGACUCAAUGGAAGAGGAUAAGGCAUGCCCCAUGUACCCGGUCGGGGGCUUCAUAAUCUCCGGGGACCCUACUCCCACAGCGAUGGUUUCGGGCUGUGGUGAGUCGAAUGCUACUGCAACUCAGGCUAGUCAGGUGAUCACACCGGGCCAGACUAGUCUGCAUGCUACUGGUGUCGCAAGAGGUCAAUCUGGCAUACCCAGAUUGGCUGAUUGUAAAAAAUCCAAGGCAAUAGGUGGUAGUGACCUAAGCGGCGAGGUACCUCUGGACUUCUCUCCAAGUACCUCCAAAGCCGCGAAAGCCCAAGUCGUCAAGGCGGCUAAAUCCCCUGUUUCGGGUGCCUCUAAGGGGGAAGCGACUAAGUCGCCCCUCACGGAUGCUUCCCAUAUGCCAAUUGUGCGCUCAGGUCUUGUGAAGGAAUCCUCCUGUCCUGAAGACGCAUCACCCCUGGCCAAUCCCGGCUCUGAAACUAACCCCAGGCAUAAAAACCCUGCUAGAAGGGCUGCUACCACCAGGCGUUCCGCUUACCGCUUUGUUGAGGCACUUGGCUCGAAAAAAGUCGAGGACCUCACUAAGGAGCAACAAGCUUCGCUUUCCUGGGCGAAAGCCUAUAUUGCUGGUCUCAAGACCGCUCCUCCUUCUGCUGAAUUACCAGCGGGGCCUAAACGGCAACGUUCAGAGGAGGAUACAGCGACCAAGAGCCAGCAACCGGGACCUAAACGUCCCAAAGCGGCACAAAGGUCGUUAGCUAAAUCCUUUAGCGAGAUUGUCAAAGACAGUCUUGUUAGGGCGGUUAUCGACCGGAGUGCGAAUGACGGAUCCAUAUCUCAAUUGAAUUGGGAUAUGGUGAAGCAAAAACUGGUAGGGGUGUUUUGGAAAGUUCUCAAAGAGAACCCAGGCACUCCUCCACAAUGCGAUGACGCUGGUUGGUACCAGGGUCACGUAAAACUUAUGUCUUGUGUAGAUGAACGCUCAGCGUUGCUACUAAAGACUGCCGUCGCAUCACUGGGUGAGGUUUGGCCGGGGUCUAGGCUUGAGGUGGUAUCUGUGAGUGAGAUACCCCGAAAGCCUAGAUCCAUAGCUAAAAUACCAGCUGAGCCAUCUAGCCCGGAGGAGAUCUUGGAGAUCCUUCAGUGCUGUAACCCACAGCUUCCAACUCAAGACUGGAAAGUUGUUAAGGUUACGGACGCUGAGGGCUCUUCAAGGAAAGCGAUCGUUGUCCUGAAUAAGGACUCUUUGGGGCCGCUAAGGAAGGCACAAGGGAAGGUCUACUAUGGAUUUGGUACGAUCAUCCUGCGUGUCUACCGUAGCGACAACAAAGGCGAUACAUCCUCAGGUGAUGUAAAGCCCAUGCUCUCGGAAGAGGGCAUGGAUUGCAAUGACGCCACUGAUCCAGCCGACACUGAAGAUACCAACUCAGUCUCUGAACUAGUUGGUACAUUCUUUGAACGGAUGGAUGAGGUGGUGGACGAGGACGCCCUCCUGAAUUCUGACCAGGAGGACGCCGACGUCACUAUUGUAAAAAUGGAGCAUGGUGAGGGUGACCCAGAUAAACCUUCACCACUCUAAAGCAGCAUCAGCUGCACUGCUCCUCCGAAUUGCUCAGAACGGGGAGGAGCUAGUCAUGGUCCAGGAACCUUGGGUCCAUCAGGACCGUAUCUGUGGACUAUGUUUGAAGGGCUAUAAGCUCUACUUCGCUAAAGGCGCAGUAAUGAAGAUACAGUAGCAGUCUCAUGGGAAACUAAUGAAGGCUGUUUGUUAUGGCUGAUAUCCAGCUACAUGGCGCAUGACCACGGGGAGCAUCCACCAAACGAUGAUAUCCGUAGUGCUGUGAAAAAGGCGAAUGAGUCCAGGAUACCAUUGGUUAUCUGUGCUGACGCUA